AUGGGUGUAAUACGCAAAAAGACCGCCUCGCGCGGCACCGAAGCCGGCACCAAGUUCCAUUGCGACGUGUGCUCGGUCGACGUCACAUCAACAGUCCGAAUCUCCUGCGCGCAUCCUACCUGCCAUGAAUAUGACCUUUGCGUUCCCUGCUUUGCUGCUGGAGAGAGCUCCAAGAACCACGACCCGCCCACCCACCCCUUCCAAGUCAUCGAACAGAACUCUGUCCCAAUAUUCCAGCCGGACUGGGGUGCUGAUGAGGAGCUUCUGCUGCUAGAAGGCGCGGAGAUUUAUGGUCUGGGCUCGUGGGCCGACAUCGCUGACCAUAUUGGUGGCUACCGUAGUAAGGAUGAGGUGCGCGACCAUUACAUUGAUACAUACAUCAAUAGCUCGAACUUCCCACUGCCAGACCGAGCCGAUCCGGAAGACAAGAGUCUCCAGGCGUCGAUCUCAAAAGAAGAGUUCCAGACGCGGAAGAAGCGUCGCAUUGAAGAGCGCAAAGAGGCAGCCAGGGCAGCGCCACCAACAACACCCAAGCAAAAGCCAACCGCUAGUGUACCGGCAUGUCACGAAGUGCAAGGAUAUAUGCCUGGUCGUCUGGAGUUCGAGACAGAAUUCCUCAACGAUGCUGAAGAGGCGGUGCAACACAUGACCUUCGAGCCUGGAGCUGGCAUCGGCCCCAACGGUGAGGUCGAUGCAGAGACCGAACUGAAGAUGACCGUGGUUGAUAUUUACAACUCACGGUUGACGCAACGUACCGAGCGUAAGAAGGUUCUCUUCGAACACAACCUGUUGGAAUACCGGAAGAACAUCGCGCUGGAGAAGAAGCGCACGAAAGAGGAGCGUGAACUGCUGCACAAAGCCAAGCCGUUAGGACGAAUGAUGAAUCGCAAGGACUUUGAGGAUCUGAACAAUGGAUUGGAGUACGAACAUAAUCUGCGCUUGGCCAUCGCGCAGCUCCAAGAGUGGCGGCAGAUGGGUAUUGGCGAUCUGAAAGCUGGUGAGAAGUUCGAGCAGGACAAACAACAGCGUGUUCAACGGAUGGUUCCACAAGGAUCUUUCGAACGCUUUGCCACUCCGCGUCCUAAGCAGGCCCAAGCUGUUGAACCCCCGUCUUCUGCGAAUCAGCUCACCACUCCUGAGCUGCCCCUCCGGCUCCAGAAAGCUGCCAACCCCUACAAGCAGCCCGACCCAGACAAUAUGCCGAUGAAUGACUUUGACCUUAUGUUUGCGACAAAUGGUGAUGCUGCUCCCACGCCGCCGGUAAAGACCAAGUUUAUCGUGCAGCCACUAAGCGGGUUGCCAGCAUGGAAACUGGACAGUGACCGCGCAGCUGAUCUUCACCUACUCGCGCCGGAAGAGAUCGAAGUGUGCAAUGUGCUACAUCUCAUGCCCAAGCCAUAUUUGGUUGUCAAGGAAACGCUGUUGAAGGAGGCAAUGAAGCAAGGCGGCAAUCUAAAGAAAAAGGAUGCCCGUGCAAUUUGCAAGAUCGAGGGGACCAAGACGAGCCGCAUCUAUGACUUUAUGGUACACAGUGGAUGGAUCAACAAGGUGUAG